AGGUGGGGCUUCGCCCGGAGGUGGGACUCCGGCCUCCGUGGCGGGCGGUUAGCGGUCCUGUUAAGUCUGAGGAAGCGAUGGCGGUGUGCGCAUUAAGGCUGCUGAUUACACUGCUGGCUUUCGUGGCCGCUGCCUCCCAGGCCGAGGUCGAGUCCGAGGCGGGAUGGGGCAUGGUGACGCCUGAUCUGCUCUUCGCCGAGGGGACGGCGGCCUACGCGCGCGGGGACUGGCCCGGGGUGGUCCUGAGCAUGGAGCGGGCUCUGCGCUCCCGGGCCGCCCUCCGCGCCCUCCGCCUGCGCUGCCGCACCCGGUGUGCCGCGGACUUCCCAUGGGAGCUGGACCCCGACUCGCCCCCUAGCCUGGCCCAGGCCUCGGGCGCCGCCGCCCUGCGGGACCUGAGCUUCUUCGGGGGCCUCCUGCGCCGCGCCGCCUGCCUGCGCAGCUGCCUCGGGCCCCCGGCCGCCCACUCGCUCAGCGAAGAGAUGGAGCUGGAGUUCCGCAAGCGGAGCCCCUACAACUACCUGCAGGUCGCCUACUUCAAGAUCAACAAGUUGGAGAAAGCUGUCUCCGCAGCACACACCUUCUUCGUGGGCAAUCCUGAGCACAUGGAGAUGCGCCAGAACCUAGACUAUUACCAAACCAUGUCUGGAGUGAAGGAGGACGACUUCAAGGAUCUUGAGGCUCAACCCCAUAUGCAAGAAUUUCGACUGGGAGUGCGGCUCUACUCAGAGGAACAGCCACAGGAAGCUGUGCCCCACCUAGAGGCGGCGCUGCAGGAGUACUUUGUGGCCUAUGAAGAGUGCCGGGCCCUCUGCGAAGGGCCCUAUGACUACGAUGGCUACAACUACCUUGAGUACAAUGCUGACCUCUUCCAGGCCAUCACAGAUCAUUAUAUCCAGGUCCUCAGCUGUAAGCAGAACUGUGUCACCGAGCUUGCUUCCCACCCAAGUCGAGAGAAGCCCUUCGAAGACUUCCUCCCAUCGCAUUAUAAUUAUCUGCAGUUUGCCUACUAUAACAUUGGGAAUUACACACAGGCUGUCGAAUGUGCCAAGACCUAUCUUCUCUUCUUCCCCAAUGAUGAGGUGAUGAACCAGAAUUUGGCCUAUUAUGCAGCUAUGCUUGGAGAAGAACACACUAGAUUGACCAGCCCCCGUGAGAAUGCCAAGGAGUACCGACAGCGAAGCCUACUGGAGAAGGAACUGCUUUUCUUCGCUUAUGAUGUUUUUGGAAUUCCCUUUGUGGAUCCGGAUUCAUGGACUCCAGAAGAGGUGAUUCCCAAGAGGUUGCAAGAGAAACAGAAGUCAGAACGGGAAACAGCCGUCCGCAUCUCCCAGGAGAUUGGGAACCUUAUGAAGGAAAUCGAGACCCUUGUGGAAGAGAAGACCAAGGAGUCAUUGGAUGUGAGCAGACUGACCCGGGAAGGUGGUCCCCUGCUGUAUGAAGGUAUCAGUCUCACCAUGAACUCCAAACUCCUGAAUGGUUCCCAGCGGGUGGUGAUGGAUGGUGUCAUCUCUGACCACGAGUGUCAGGAGCUGCAGAGACUGACUAACGUGGCAGCAACCUCGGGAGACGGCUACCGGGGUCAAACCUCCCCACAUACUCCCAAUGAAAGGUUCUAUGGUGUCACUGUCUUCAAAGCCCUCAAGCUGGGACAAGAAGGCAAAGUUCCUCUGCAGAGUGCCCACCUGUACUACAAUGUGACAGAAAAGGUACGGCGCGUCAUGGAGUCCUACUUCCGCCUGGACACACCCCUCUACUUCUCCUACUCUCAUCUGGUGUGCCGCACUGCCAUUGAAGAGGUCCAGACAGAGAGGAAGGAUGAUAGUCAUCCAGUCCACGUGGACAACUGCAUCCUGAAUGCCGAGACCCUUGUGUGCAUCAAAGAGCCCCCAGCCUACACGUUCCGGGACUACAGUGCCAUCCUUUACCUUAAUGGAGACUUCGAUGGCGGAAACUUUUAUUUCACUGAACUGGAUGCCAAGACCGUGACGGCAGAGGUGCAGCCUCAGUGUGGAAGGGCCGUGGGAUUCUCUUCAGGCACUGAAAACCCACAUGGAGUAAAGGCUGUCACCAGGGGGCAGCGCUGUGCCAUUGCCCUGUGGUUCACCCUGGACCCUCGACACAGCGAGCGGGACAGGGUGCAGGCGGACGACCUGGUGAAGAUGCUCUUCAGCCCAGAAGAGAUGGAUCUCUCCCAGGAGCAGCCCCUGGACGCCCAGCAGAGCCCCCAGGAACCUGCGCAAGAGUCUCUCUCAGGCAGUGAGUCUAAGCCAAAGGAUGAGCUAUGACAGUAUCCAGGUCAGGUGGAUGGGUGACUAGACCCAUGGAGAGGAACUCUGUCCUGCACUCUGGGCUGGCCAGCCCUUUGGGGCUGCAGAGCAGUGAGCCUACGUCUGCCGCUCAGACAAGGGGACCCUGCUCACAGCCUUCUACAUGGUGCUACUGCUCUUGGAGUGGACAUGACCAGACGCCACACCCCCUGGACCUGGCUGAGGGCUUAGGACGCAGGCCCGGAACCACCCCACAGGGCCUCCACAGGCAGCCGCAUGACAGCGAUACAGUAUUUAAGUGUCUGUGAAGACAACCAAAGAAUAAACGAUUGAUGGUUUUUU